AAUGAAUUAUUACAUUCCUAUCCAAAAGGACCAUGCAGAGACUGCUAAUGCAAGCGCUUCUUCCUCCAAUCCAUCUUUACGGUCUCACCAUAUAACUCGUAUCUUGGGAAGGAGAUAUGACCUAACAUCCACAUUCUAUAAAUAUCUAGAAAUUGGAAUCAGUGUAGGACCUGUGUCUUGCGUGGAAAUUAUUCUUGGUGACAAUCGCGGCAAUCACAUGAUAUUACCACAUCAAAUCUGGAAGGAGAUUAUGCACAAACGCACAGACUUCGAUCGACUCCUGCAACAGGCUGAAACUUCGCCGUUUUGGAUUCGCGACUUGUCAAUCAAAAGUGAUAAAAUACAGAAUGCUAAAGUUCAGAAACUCACCCUAUUCGGAAUUUGGUUUGAAGAGGAUGAAAAUGACAUCGCCGGCAUCGAUGAAGAGGAGGAGGAGAAUGAAGAUAAUGAUAGUGAUGAUGAUGAUGAUGGUGAAGAGGAAAACAAUAUCGAAAUCAUUGACAUCUCCGACAACGAUAAGGAGGAGGAGGAUAAAAUAGAGGAGGAGGAGGAGGAGGAUGAUGAUAAAACAAUCAUUAUCGAUGAUGGCAACAAUAAUAUUGAAAUCAUCAACAUCUCCGACAACGAUGAGGCGCAGGAGGGUGACAUCAUUGUCAUUAAUUAA